AUGCCAAUUGCAACAUAUGCACCAAGAAGAAAGUCUUCAUUAUCUCACAUCACCACUGAUGAAGUACAACCAGUGAUUGAAAAACCAAAGAAAUGUUAUAGAUGUGAUAAAGAAAUGAAAGCUACUAGUGCUAGCACGAGCUCCAAAAGAUCAAGCAGUGGCUGUAAGUCACUAUUAGGAUCUAUGCGUGAAUCCCUUUUACAUGGCAAAACUUCAGGAUUUCAAUCCAAACCAACCCCAUUCAAAGCUAUGAUUUCAGCAGGAUUAUCAAAACCUAUAUUGAUGGAUUUCGAAGCUAGUUUUUAUACUUGGAGUGAUGGUAGUGAGUCACCAUAUGUUGGUACUUUAGAUAUGAGCGCUAAGCAACUGAACAAGGCAGGAUUUCCUGGUUUCAAAGUUGAAGAGAGAGGUAAAAUACAGACAGUUAUAUGUAAUGAGGAAGGCUCGGUUAUCAAGAUUAUUAUUGUAAAUUACAAUAUAAGGAAGUUGAAAAGCGGGUUUAAGGUUUUCAUCAGACAAAGUAAUGAAAAUUAUACUAUUCACCUGAACUUUAUGAAUUGCAAAGGCAGAUUUUAUCUUUUCGAUGAUAUCAAAGUCAUAUUCAAUAAUCAUUUGCUAAGUUCCAAUUCAAAAGAUGUGAAAUUUGCUGGGAAACCUUCAAAAGUUAAUUUAGAUUACUAUCUCAAGAAAUGUUAUCUUUGUGAUCCUGAUCAAAGUGCAAUCACUGAUGAUGAAAAUGUCACUAAACUGUCUGAUAAGCUAUCAAGCUUGGAAAUGAUUAAAGAUACUUCAAGUGAUUAUGAAAAUGAGAAAAAUAAAGAAAAUGAAAUGAAUAUGAAGUUCAAUGAUGAAUACCAAAUGAAGUGUAUUGAUGAUGAUGAAAGCACUACAAACAACGACUUUAAUGAAAACGGAAAGGGAGAAAAGGGUUUAGGGUAUAAUUAUGGGAAUAAUGGUUUUGGAAUGUUGGUUUUAGGUUCAACAGAGUUUAGAUAG